AUGCAGAGUCUCUCAAUUUCAAACCAAUUUCAAACACCUUCAAGAACUAGUACAAGUAGUACUAGUGAUGACGCAAGCACAGAAUCCGACGAGAUUCCGACGAAACCCAGCCGCGUAAUCCCCACCGCGGUCUCCCACCGUAACCUAUCCGUCAUCACGGAUCACACGGAAUCCGUUUCAUGCAUUGCAUUAUGUGGAGAAUUCAUCAUAACCGCUUCUCAUGGCAAAGAAAUCAUGGUUUGGCAACAACCUGAUUUUCGGUUGUUUACGACGUUCGGAAACGGUCGUGGGUCCGUCAAGGCGUUAGUGACACUCGGGACUAAAAUCUUGACAGCCCAUCAAGAUUCAAAAAUCAGAGUUUGGAAAGUUUCAAGAAAUCUUGAAAAUAUAUUCAAACUUGUGGAAACAAUUCCAACGAAAAAGGACUAUUUUGGAAAGUUUAUGAAAAAUGGGAAUUAUAUUCAAACAAGAAGGAAUCAUAAACGGUUAUGGAUCGAACAUACCGAUACUAUUUCGUGUUUAACGGUUUAUAAGAAUUUAAUCUAUUCGGGUUCUUGGGAUAGGACUAUAAAGAUUUGGAGGGUGAACGAUUUCAAGUGUUUAGAAUCGAUAAAAGCACACGACGACGCGAUAAACGCGAUAAUCGUUAGUAAAGGAAGAGUCUUUUCGGCGUCUGCUGAUGGAAAGAUUAAAGCUUGGGGACAAAAAGUUGACGGGUCACAUUUCUUGAAUGGAAUUGUUGAGGGUCAUAAGGACGUGUCGAUGAACGCAGUGGUGGUUUCCGGUGAUGGUACGGUGGUUUAUGGUGGUGGGUCAGAUGGGUAUGUGAUGGGUUGGUUAGUAGAUAGUUGGAAAUUGGUUAUUGAAGUUGAAGCACAUAAAAUGUCUAUUUUGUGCAUGUGUAUGAAAGGGGAGAUUUUGUGUACUGGGUCAACAGAUAAGAGUAUUGGAAUAUGGAAAAGGGAAGUCAAUGGGUUGACUAAAGUUGGGUCAAUGAAUGGUCAUGAAGGACCAAUAAAAUGUUUACAAGUGUCACCAAGUAAUAUUGGUGGUGGAUUUUUGGUGUAUAGUGGUAGUCUUGAUAAAAGUAUUAGAGUUUGGUGGGUUCCAAAUGGUUAA